UCGGCCUCCUCCCCGCCUCGGCGCCGGCCUCGAUGGUGCCCGCGGUCCCUUUGCGCGCCGCGCCUCUUCCUCUCCGUCGCUUUCACUUCGCGGCGCGCCUGGGCGAGAGAGAAGCGCCUUCGGGAGGCUGACACCGCGCGGCCCACCCGCGCCCCUCGCACGCAAACCCCGACCGCCGCCUCCUCCUCCUCCUCCUCCUCCGCUUGCUAACCCUCUUUCCCCGACGUGCGCCCUUCUUGCAGGCGGAGGCGGCACCAUGGCUGGGCUGGAGCUGCUGUACAGCUCCGUCUCCCCGGACAUAACCUGCCCGCAGGACGCCCUGGUCUGCUACUUGCACUGGAAGCUGAUCACCCACAACUACCGCUGCCUCGGCGCCGGGGACCAGCCAGGGGCCAAUGAGAGGAAGUCCGAAAUGCUGCCCGCCGGGUGGAACACAGACAAGGACUUGUACACGCUGCGUUACAGGCUGAAGGACGACUCCCACGAUCUGCUGCUAAAGGGGAUCAUGAUGGACGGCAGCAUAAUCGUCAAUGUCAUGGAUCCCAAGUCACAGAAAGUGGCAGAUUUGACCUUGAAAGUGACUGACUUCGUCAAUCCGGAGCACCUGGCUGAUUUUGACAAGGCGUACCACAACACAGAGGAGUUGCAGACGCAGGUCGUUCACCACAUCAUCUCCCCCUUCGAGGCGACCAAAGAGAGGGGCAGUGCCAAGGAGGAGCCCAGGCGUGAGAGGAACCCCUCUCCUCCCAACCCUCCUGACCACGACCCCCUGUGGAUCCCGCCGCGACAUCCUCAUGGCAGCCGGCAACCCAACUGGCCAGACCCCAUGGGGCCCUUUGCUGUUGGUGGAGAAGAUCUGGACCCCUUUGGGGGCCGAAGAGGGGGAAUGAUUUUGGAUCCACUUCGAUCAGGAUUUCCAAAUCCUGUUAUUAACCCGUCUUCAGGACUUCCCAACCAGCUUCCUCCAGGAUCUGUUCCUCCAGGUGCCAGAUUUGACCCCUUUGGACCGCCUGGGGCCAACCGUAGUGGGCCAAACCCCGACCACCUUCCACCUCCCAACUACGAUGAUAUGUUUAUGUGAGCGCCGCUGAAGUUAUCCUUCUCUGCUCGCCUCUUAGUCCAGACCCUUCGGAUGCAGCCUUUAGUGGACUCUUCAGCCUGCUCUGCGGCCGUUUUCUUUCCUGGCUGUGCUUUUGGUUUCUCAGCAUAUAAACGGGAAGAGGAAGCCGUGUGCAUAUAGAGAUGCGUGUGUGUAUAUAUAUUCUCUUCCUCCCUGCUGCCCCAAACUCUUUCCACAACACAUUAUGUUGACUUCCCCAUUAGUAAUGCCCAUGGAAUGAGACAAUGGCCAGGCUCUAAAAUCAGCCGGUGUGUUAGUUUCAAAGGAUGUGACAAGGCAGGAGUGGACUCAUUCUUUCAUGAACAUUGGUGUGUGUACAACAGCGGCCGGAAACCCAACUGGCCACUGGCCUUGCCUGAAGCCAAACGGGUGUGUGUGUGUGUGUGGAGGCAGGAAUGAGAUGGGCCAAUCAGGGGCCCUGCCUCCAAAAGGCCUCUGCCCCCGCAGCUUGUCACUCAAACAAUGGCCACACCCUAACCCCUUCCCCUCCAAGGGCCCUUGCUGUCUGUUUUACCAGCUCCUGCUGAAGCUACCUAGCUAGCUGGUAGCGAGGAAGCCAAAGGGGGGGCGAAUUUGGGGGAGGGUAAGAGGCAGGCAGAAUGAAUUGGGAGGAAUAGGGGGGCCUCCUUGGUCUGUGUACGCCAACCCCAGGGUUGCAGGCCGCCGACUGCUGUUGUCUGUGGCGUGAUGUGGCGUGUGGCUUUUGAGGGGGUUUAUAUUGCAUGCCGGCUCAAUAACAGCCUUCUCCAACCUGGUGCCCUCCAGACCAGGGCUGGGAAACUUUUAACCUUCCAAAGGCCUACACCUCCCAUCGUCGCUGAUCGUUGGCCAUGCCGGCUGGGUCUGAUGGGAACUGAAGUCCAGCAGUGUCUGGAGGGCCAAAGGUACCCUGGUCAUGCUCCAGACAGUUUGGACUUCAGUUCCCAUCAGCCUAAGCAUGGAUGACACCUGGUUGCUUAAGGAAGACUCACUAGAACUGCUUUGGAAAGGGCAAGAACUCUUGUCUGCUUCUCUUUCUGCAAGUGCCAUGUGCCCAUUCCCAGAGAACCUGGCCCACAUGGAUCUACUUUUGUCGCAAACAACGUCAUCACUUUCCUUCAUUGACGCUACUCCUGUGUGCCUUUUAAACUGCAGCCUGGCAGCAGAAAUUCAACAGGUGAAGCUUUCCCUGCUCUUUACCUCCAUCCCAAGGAACCCUUCACCUACUACAUGUCUCCAUGCUGGGCUGCUGUUCAGGGAAUGAAUGCCUUUUUUAAAAAACUGGAUAAUGCUACAUGCAAAAAUAUCUCAUUCUUGCUGUCACAGCGCCCACACCUACCCCAGUUCCCCUUAAUUGCAAAAGGGGCUUUUAUUCCUUCUUCCUGGCAACCAUUUGGGCUUCUCUGGGGAAGACUUAAAAUCCCCCAUAGUUGCUAAGCAACUGCAAGGAUGGCAGCUAAAACCCUGCCUGGCUAAUCUAGAAGCAUGCUAGUCCAGCUGCAAAGGGUUUUGUGCUCUCCCAGUUCUGUCAAGGCUGCUGGCAGAGGGGCUUGGUGGGGGUGAUUAUUCUCCCCUACCCUAAAGCGCUGGCUAGCCUACGCUUCAGGACUGUACCUCCCCAUCUAGCCAAGGCUGGCCUGCUCUCCAUGAUCUUCCAGCGCUUACAAAUGAAAUAGCCCAGGGAAUGGGAACGCGUGCGCUUGGUUGCAGGGGCUGAUGGGAGUUGGAGCCCAACAACAUCUGGCGGGCCAGAGAGUUCCCCCAUCCCUGAUGUAGCUGAAAGGCCUGGUUUAAUAUAUACUCUGCCUUAGAGGUUGUCCCAGCCAUCAUUUUUAAACAUGCUGGUUCCAUAGGGCUUCCUGUUAGCCACACGUGUGAAGAAUGUUUUCUUUUCCAGUAUUCGGCCAGUUUCCCCUCUUUCAGGUAGAGGUACUGCUGUAAGGCUACAAACCUUUUCUGGGAGACAUGCUAAUUGAUACCAUUUUUUCCCCCUGCAAGGCUCAUAGUUACCACAAGAUGGCUUUUUAAAAAUUGUAUUGUGGGAUUCCUUAUGUUUAUGAUGGCCAAGAGAUGCUUGGAGCAUUCACAAGAUCAGCCAGUAUUUUUUUUGGGGGGGGGGAGGUUGUGGGAACUGGCACUAUUUGACUUCUGAAAGCCAUCUACUUCCUUUCUGUGCUUAUUAGAGUUUGGACUUGGGACUCCCCAGUUCAUUUCCAGUUUGGGGUGUUUCACUGGCUUUGAGAGUUUCUUCACUACUACAUUUUCUACUUGCUUGAGAACAUCAAAAAAUAUUCCUGCUCUGCAGGGGAGUUGUGUCGUUCCAGCUGAUGGGCUGUGAUCUGACGAUAAAAGAACUGUGAGUGUUGUAAUAUGGGUGACUUAUUACAACCCUAUCCCUUUUUCAAAUAAAUAAAGUUCAUGUUCUUUCGA